AUCGCCGACAACUCUCGACGAUAUACCGCAAUCAUGGCUGACGACGAAUACAACGCAGCUGAGGCUGCCGAGAUCAAGAAGAAGAGAGCGUUCCGCAAGUUCUCCUACCGUGGCGUAGACCUCGAGCAACUGCUCGACCUCUCUUCCGACCAGCUGCGCGACAUCGUCCACGCGCGUGCGCGUCGCCGCUUUAACCGCGGACUCAAGCGCAAGCCCAUGGGUCUGAUCAAGAAGCUCCGUAAGGCUAAGCAGGAGGCCAAGCCCAACGAGAAGCCAGACCUCGUCAAGACGCACCUGCGUAACAUGAUUGUCGUCCCAGAGAUGAUCGGCUCGGUCAUCGGUAUCUACUCCGGAAAGGAGUUCAACCAGGUCGAGAUCAAGCCGGAGAUGGUCGGUCACUACCUCGCCGAGUUCUCUAUCUCUUACCACCCAGUCAAGCACGGUCGGCCCGGUAUUGGUGCCACCCACUCUUCCCGUUUCAUUCCCCUCAAGUAAAUGUUGUUUGGGAUGGGCUUUCGGGUCGGGGUUGGGAGUCGGAAUGCGUGGUUUGCGAUGGACUAUGGUCGGAUAUGGCUGUAGCAUCACUGAUAGCAAUGAAUACGAUGAUUUCCAC